ACUUGCUGGAAGGUUUGGAAAGGACGGGCAAAGUUAUUUUGCGGGAGAGUGCUUUAGAUCGAAGGGAAUUUACACUAUUUGCAGCCAAAACAACACAGAAUGGAGCCGGCAGAAACUGACGUAUUAUCCACUGAGUCAAGGGCGAUUCCUUCCAGACGAAUUAUAGUCAACGACCCUGGCCAAAUGCCGAUUGAUUAUUCCACCACUCCUGGAGGGACCAUAUUUUCCACAACUCCAGGCGGGACACGCAUCAUAUAUGAGCGCAAGUUUUUACUUGAACUGCGCAACUCUCCAUUGUCGCGCACUCCUCCACGGAACCUUCCACUGAUUCCUGGUGUGACUUGCAAUAACAAGGUAAAGCCUGAGAGUCGUAAGGACAAUGGUGUUGUUGCUGCCACAGAAACAGAGAAUGACAAGAAUGAUCAUGCAGAACAUGAAGAACCGCAAUUUCAGAUGGACAUAUAAUGGCAGCUGGACAGAUGCUUACCACCCCAUGUUUAUUCCAAUGACCAUUGUUUUUAGAUUACCCAGUUGCACAUUGUUGAACACCACUAUAAAUGUCAACAUUGAGUGGGUGUAAAUAGUUAUGUUAGGUGUGAAGCUAUUGAAUGGUUGACAGGAAAAUCAGUUGUGGUGUCAAACUUUAAAACUGGUUGUCUCUUGUCAAAACAAAGAAUGUCAAAAAAGGAAUGACUGAUGUCACCUCAUAUUGUACAUAGAAUUCCUUUCUCUUGACUCUGUCAGAGCAAUGCCCAAAUAAAAUGUUUGGACUCAAAUA